CCCCGGCCGCCGCCCCCUCUGCCCUCGGCGGCGAGCUGCGCGCCACGACCCCGGCUGAAGGUGCGAGGGGUUCGGGCGGGCGCGCACCAUCCCCGUGGGCGGCGCGGAGCCGGCGACAGCGCGCGAUCGGGACCGGGCGGCGGCAGCGGCGGUGGCGGCGGCGGGACCGGGAUGGAAGGGAGCGCGGUGACUGUCCUUGAGCGCGGAGGGGCGAGCUCGCCGCCGGAGCGCCGAAACAAGCGGAGGCGCAGGAGCGGCGGCGGCGGCGCCCGAGCACCCGAGGGGGUCCGAGUCCCGGCAGCCAGCCAGCCCCGCGCCACAAAGGGAGCGGCCCCACCGCCCGGCACGCCGCCUCCCUCCCCAAUGUCCUCGGCCAUCGAAAGGAAAAGCCUGGACCCGUCUGAGGAACCCGUGGAUGAGGUGCUGCAGAUCCCCCCAUCCCUGCUGACAUGUGGAGGCUGCCAGCAGAACAUUGGGGACCGAUAUUUCCUGAAGGCCAUCGACCAGUACUGGCAUGAGGACUGUCUCAGCUGUGACCUCUGUGGGUGCCGGCUGGGUGAGGUGGGCCGGCGCCUCUACUACAAGCUAGGCCGGAAGCUGUGCCGGAGAGACUAUCUCAGGCUUUUUGGCCAAGAUGGUCUCUGCGCAUCCUGUGACAAGCGGAUCCGUGCCUAUGAGAUGACGAUGCGGGUGAAAGACAAAGUGUAUCACUUGGAAUGUUUCAAGUGUGCCGCCUGUCAGAAGCAUUUCUGUGUGGGUGACAGGUACCUCCUCAUCAACUCUGACAUAGUGUGCGAACAAGACAUCUACGAGUGGACUAAGAUCAAUGGGAUGAUCUAGGCCAGUGAGCACCUGGACACGCUUCCGGUGUUCACUGAAGACACCGUCUCCGUCGGGUCUUCACUCGUAGGCACUUUGGGAGUUUGAGGGAGGGGUGAAGCUCUUUUUAGGGGAUAGUAGACCCAUAUUGGACACUAAGACAUAGCAUUCAAGUGAACUAAUGCGAGGGCCAAGACUUCAAGGGGAUAAAAUGACCAGAACAUAGGGAGAAUUUAUGGUCACAGACUAUUCUCAGUAACUGACACCAUUAGCAGAAGAAAGGACCAUUUAGGGGCAAGCACUCGUUGUGCUUUUAUGAUGGAAUUUCACCUCUCCAGAUAGGGAGUUGUAUAAAGACUUGUUAAGAGCUUUGACACUUGCCAACUAGAGAUGUGCAAUUGAUUUCUUUUCUUCCUGGCUUCUGUACCAACCCUGUUACACUUGCUGUACUCCAUACAAGGGCAGGACAGAGAGGAGAAUAGUCGCUCUUUUUAUCUUGGCCACCUUCCCAAGGCCAUAAGCUUUGGACCCUCGGAAAACUGCAUGGAGACACAUUUCACUUGAGAAUGGAAACCACAACUUUGAACCAAACAGUUAUUUAAAGCAAUGCUGAUGAAUCACUGUUUUUAGACACCUUCAUUUUGAGGUGAGGCAUUCCACAGAGUGUUUCUAUACAAAUAUAAAUCUUAAAAAAAAAAGUCGUUCAACUAUUUUAUUAUCUUAGAGUAUAUCAAAAGAUUUGUGGUGUGUAGUAAAAAGAAAUGACUCUGCAGACUUAAUAAAAAUGACAGACUGA